AUGAAGUACCUCACUGCUUUUGUAUCAGCUUUAGCCACCGUUGACCUGGUCUCUGCUGCGACCGGUUAUAUUCACUCUGAACGAUCUUCCGGUUCACUCCGAAAGCGAUUCACAUCCAAUAAUCCAUAUGUAACUACUGAGGGCUCAGUCUGUACAGUCAAGCCUAUGGGCGGUGCUCGUGAUGACGGACCAAAUCUUCUCUACGCCUUCGAUCUCUGUGGCUCGACUGCCCUCAUCGAUCUACCAGGUUACUACACGGUCGAAACAGUCUUGCAAACCAACUUGAAGAACGUUGAGAUACGAUUGAGUGGCGCUAUCAGUUAUACUCCCAAUAUUGAUUAUUGGAGUCCUGCCAGUAUCUACUUGACAUACCAAAACGCAACCACCUACUUCUUCCUAUCUGGAUCGGGAGUGACUUUACACGGAGGUGGUACUAUCAACGCCAAUGGUCAAACGUGGUGGAAUUAUUACGCUCAAAACAAAAACGCUGGUAUUGCCGGAGGCUCUUCGCGAACUUUCGCUAGACCCAUCCCGUUAACAGUAGGAAACGCAAGUAAUAUUGUUGUGGAUGAUAUCAGUAUCAUAAAUUCCCCAUUCUGGCACAAUUUCGUUUAUCAGUCAACAGAUGUAACUUAUUCAAAUAUCCAGAUCUCAUCUAUUUCAGCGAACGCUUCUGUUGAACCUGCCAAUUCAGACGGAUGGGAUAUUUACAGAUCAAGCUACGUUACAGUGAAAGAUUCCAAUGUCCAGAAUGGCGAUGAUUGUGUCUCGUUCAAACCCAACUCCACUUACAUGACAGUUGAAAAUAUGAUUUGCAAUGGAUCACAUGGUAUCUCAGUCGGAUCAUUAGGUCAAUAUGCAGGUGAAACCGAUAUCGUAGCCAAUGUAUAUGUACGAAACAUUUCGAUGUCCAACGCUCAAAACGGUGCUCGAAUCAAAGUCUUCGGCGGAUCAAACGAUACCCAAAGUAUUUCAGGUGGUGGUUCAGGCUAUGUUAAAAAUGUUACUUUCCAAGAUUUCGCCAAUGACAAUGUUGAUAAUCCAAUUUAUGUAACUCAGUGUUACUCAUCUUCUGCUCAACAAUGUCAAGAUCACCCUUCAAGCUUAUCCAUUUCCGAUGUUCACUUCAUCAACGUCACUGGUACAGCUUCAGGACUGGUUGCUAACAACACCGUGGCUACAUUAGAAUGUUCAGCAGAAUGUGUAGAUAUCACUGCUUCAGGUACACAAUUAGCACCUAAGAAUGGUACUGUUGGAAGCGGUAAAUACCUUUGCGCGAACUUACAGAAUGAAACUCUUUUGGAUUUCCCUUGUACCGAUGUACCUAUCACCAAAGGAUAA